AGUAUGCGUUCCCCCCCCCCCCCCCCUUUCCGUGCCCGUGAUCGUGCCCCACGCAGGAACUGAGUGGACUGAUGCAACUCCUGUAUGUAGUGCGAGCUUCACGGCCGCGCAGUUUAUCACUGCCAUGAUGUGGGGCCGUAUUGCUGACUCCAGCCGGUUCGGCCGCAAGACCGUCUUGAUGAUCGGUCUCGCCGGUACAAUGCUGUCGUGUAUUGGCUUCGCUUUCUCCACCUCGUUUGCUCAAGCUCUGUUCUUCAGGUCCAUCGGCGGCAUUACGAACGGUAAUGUGGGCGUGCUAAGAACCAUGAUCAGCGAGACAGUUAGGGAGAAGAAGUACCAGUCCAGGGCGUUUCUGCUACUGCCCAUGACCUUCAACAUCGGUGUCAUCAUCGGGCCCAUUCUCGGAGGCAUCCUCUCGGACCCCGCCGGGAGUUAUCCCAGCCUGUUUGGCCACAUCGACUUUUUCAAUCGCUUCCCAUAUGCCACCCCGAACCUUGUUUCCGCCUUCUUUCUCUUCUGCGCGAUGCUUGGCGUGUGGCUGUUCCUGGAAGAGACGCUCGACUCGCGGUUGGACAAGCGCGACAGGGGGUUGGAGCUAGGACGAUGGUUGCGUGGGUUGCUUUCGGGUCACCGCUCCGGGGCUGCAUACAUGCCGCUGGCGAGCCAGGACACCAGUUCCGAUUUUGAUGUCCCGCACCUGGAUGGGCUGAGAUACUCAGGCCAGCCCUCGAUUUCUGAUGCCACGCCGACACCGAAACAUCCCCGACGCCGGUAUACCCAGAGGCUCGCCUUCCGCCGCAUCUUCACCGCGAAUGUCGUCUCUACACUUACCUCCAGCUUCCUCCUGGCUUUCCACCUCGGCACCUUCAACUCUCUUUGGUUCGUCUUCCUCUCCACCCCCGUCUACGAUCCGGCCCGCGGACCGGAGUCGCCCGAAGCCCUCGAGCGCCGAUUGCCGUUCAUCUUUACCGGAGGUCUUGGCCUCCGGCCGCCCCAGGUGGGCAUGGCAAUGGCCACCCUCGGCAUGAUCGGGAUUGGGCUCCAGCUCGGCAUUUACCCCCGGCUCUCGGCAUGGCUCGGCACCGUCAAGAGCUGGCGUCUAUUCCUCCUCGUCUUCCCUUUCACGUACUUCAUGGUGCCAUACUUGAGCCUGGUGCCUUCUGUCAGUCCCCCGCCGCACCCAAAAGAUGGCUUUGCCGUCUGGGCGGCCAUUGUGGGCUUGGUAUCUUUCCAGGUCAUUGGCCGCACCUUCGCGCUUCCGGCACAGACUAUCCUCGUCAAUAACUGCUCGCCCCACCCCAGCGUCCUCGGCACAAUCCAUGGGAUCGGGCAGAGCGUGAGUAGUUUUGCAAGAACCAUGGGGCCUAUGCUCUGCAGCUACUGGUAUGGUGUAGGCUUGGCCAAGGGGGUCGUGGGUGCCGUCUUUUGGGGGCUUAGUGGAGUUGCAGCUUUGAACGUUUUAGCGAGCCUCCGUGUUCGCGAGGGUGAUGGGCACGAGAUAUGGCUCGAGGGCGACGAGGAUGACGAAGCGGGAUCCGGACGCCAUUGAGGCGGGUAGGCUGCAGUGCGGGAAGAAGAACCGGGAGGAGCCGAAAAUGAAGAAGUCAUCACCUUGGCAGGUAUUCGUGCAGCCAAACAGCAUAGACCGGCCAAACUGUCAAUUUUACCGCCAUUGGCCAGCCACGAGGGAGGCUAACUGCCCGAGGGAACCAAGACCAUCCCUACAUUCACUUUGAGCAGUCCAGCG